AAGGAAGCUCAGAGGACCGAAUGGGCAUCGUCGCGAGUUGAGGAGAUCCGAGUUCCUCCCGGUCAGGAGUCUCGAGCUGUGUGGCCCGAACAAGUUUAAGUCCUCCAUUCAUUCCAUCUUUGAAGUCCUGAGGUUGUCUCUCCUCGAGCUUGGAUAGCAUGUCUACAGAACUCUUCUCAUCCGCAAGAGAGGAGGGAAGCCCUGGCUCAGGACCCAGUUUUAGGUCCAGUCAGAGGAAGAUGUUAAAUCUGCUCUUGGAGGGAGACACUUCCUUUACCAUCUGUCCAGAUCUCCCUAGAACUCCAGUGGGCAAAGUCCUUGGUGAUUCUGCAAACCUAAGCAUUUCGUCUGGAGGAACUCCAAAACGUUGCCUUGAUCUUUCGAAUCUUAGCAGUGGAGAGAUGUCUGCUGCUCAGCUUACCACUUCUAAAGACCUUGAUGAAACUGAUAAAGAGAAGGGAGGUCACUCGGAUACUUCAGGACCUCAGGAAGUACAGUUAGCUGGGAUGAAUCAUCACCAGCACCUUAUGAAAUGCAGCCCAGUACGCCUUCUUUGUAGCACUCCGAAUGCUUUGGACCAUGGCCAUAGAAAAACAGAUGCAACAUGUAGCUCAUCCUCAAAUAAAGAAAAUGAAAACAACACUUUGAAGCCCUUGGAGUGGCAGGCACCCAGGAACCUGAGAUUUCAAAAGAGACGAGGGGGGCCUUAUGUGUCUCCCCUUUUUCUGCUGGACAAUGGAAACUUGGUGGAAAAUGAAAUGAAAUAUCUGGGCAGUCCCAUUACUACAGUUCCAAAAUUGAAUAAAAAUCCAGAACUAGGAGAAGACCAGGCAGAAGAGAUUUCAAAUAAAUUGAUGGAGUUUUCCCUGGAAGAGCAAGAAGAGACCAAGGCAUCACUGAACAGAAACAGCCUGUAUCGCUCCCCCUCGAUGCCAGAGAAUUUGAACAGGCCAAGACUGAAGCAGGUGGUAAAAUUCAAAGACAACCCACUACCAGAUAAAGUAAAAAAGAAGUAUUGUUUUGGCCACAAAAGGCUCAGGAAGGGCUUAGGUCUAAAGAAGACAAUCUCUCUCUGUGACAUUAAUAUCACUCACAUGCUGGAGGAAGAUUCUAACCAUGAGCAUCUGAUUGGUGAUUUCUCCAAGGUAUGUGUGCUGCCAACCGUGUCAGGGAGACACCAAGAUCUGAAGUACGUCAACCCAGAAACAGUGGCCGCUUUACUGAUGGGGAAGUUUCAGGUUCUGAUUGAGAAGUUUUAUAUCAUCGAUUGCCGCUAUCCAUAUGAGUACCAGGGAGGACACAUCCAGGGAGCCUUAAACUUGUAUAGUCAGGAAGAACUGUAUAACUUCUUUCUGAAGAAACCUAUUGUCCCCUUGGAUGCCCAGAAAAGAAUAAUCGUCGUGUUCCACUGUGAAUUCUCCUCAGAGAGGGGCCCCCGAAUGUGCCGCUCUCUGAGAGAAGAGGACAGGGCUCUGAACCAGUAUCCUGCAUUGUACUACCCAGAGCUAUAUAUCCUCAAAGGGGGCUACAGAGACUUCUUUCCAGAAUAUACGGAGCUAUGUGAACCACAGAGCUACUGCCCUAUGCAUCACCAGGACCACAAGGCUGAGCUGCUGAAGUGUCGAAGCCAGAGCAAAGCACAGGAAGGGGAGCGGCAGCUGCAGGAGCAGAUUGCCCUCCUGGUGAAGGACGUGAGCCCAUGAUAACAGAUCGGCCACUGGCUGCUAAGGAGUCACCAAAAGAUACAACCUUGAGCAAAAAUAGGCUGUCCUCUACAUGGCUAAACCCAAGAUCAUUGAGAUAUGUAUGCAAACCACCAGGCUGCCAAACUAAUGAAAUCCCAGUCCUGGGGACUGGUUAAUAAAGCUGCUGGAUGGUGGCUGAGUCCUGGAGCUGGCUCUGUAAUGCUGUAGCCUUGAGUUGCAGAGAUUUGUGUUACGGAUUUGUGUUGCUUUGGGGAGCCCUUGCAUUCCUCUUCCCCACUACUCAUAUCUUCUCACAAGCCAGCCAGCUCUUUCUCUCGCUGGGCUUCUGGCUAUACAAGAGAGUUGCCCACCUUCAUUCCCUGUCUUUUCCUUCUUUGUUCCCCCCUCUUCCUUUUUUUAAAAUGGGAAAAUAAACACUGUGGAAUGA